AUGCUUCUACUGAAGACGUCGGACUCAACAUCGCAUGCUUCUACUGAAGACGCCGAAGGAUCUACGGAAGUGGCCAAGUCAAAGUCGUCAGUGAUUAGAACAGUGACUAACAUACGGCUUCGUGAUCGAAGAAGUGCGGAACAAGAUAAUGUACAGCAAUUAAACUAUGCCCAAGAAGAUCAAAAGCAGGAACGAGCUUUGGUUGAGGCCAAGUCGAAGCUCUUUCGCCAUGACUCGAACCCCGUUUUAGCAUUCCCAACUGGAAGCUUUAAGCGUCAGAAUUCAAUGUAUUUAGAUAUAGACACUUCCUCUGCCUCUCCUGAUCCUGACUCGACAUCUGCUUCUUCCACUGACGCUGAGGAAUCAACUACAAAAGCCUCUUCAGAAGAUUCAUCAACUGAUGAGACAGAAACCAUCAAAGAGGAAAAGUCAGUGUCUGCAUCCACAGCUGAGACCACCGUGGCAGAGGAAUCAACUACAAAAGCCUCUUCAGAAGAUUCAUCAACUGAUGAGACAAAAACCAUCAAAGAGGAAAAGUCAGUGUCCUCAACCACAGCUGAGACCACCGUGGCAGGGGUCCAGAUAAGGAGCGUCGAAGAAGGUAUGAACUUCAAUCUCCUACCUCAGUAA